AUGACUGUAGAAAAGGAUUGGCUUUCUUACCUCUUUGAACCGGCUACCCUGCUGGCGGAUCUUAACAGCCUUUCUGAUGCACAAAAAGUCUCUCUUAUGAAGCAGUUCUUAUCACAAGCUGAAAUGCACGACCGACGUACAGCCAACUCAGGUGUUGCUAGCACUGUAUGUGUCCCUGAUCUUCAGGCACAGCUUCAGGAUGCCCUUAUGCUUCCCGAAGAACAGCCUAUCUACGACAAGUCCAAGAUGCUGGACACCUUAGCUCUCCAAAUCGCCGCCUCUUUCAAUUUUCACGUGAACCUCUUCAGUGGAGUGGUCGCCUUCUCCAUCAGCCUGUUGCCGCAACCUUUUCGAAACAUGACGCCGGUAGUGGCAGGCCUGCAAGAAGUACCGGAUGUUGCCUUUUUGCCGGAUAGCCGCGCUGACCUUGAAGCCAUCAUGAUGCGUCGGGAGGAGUCUGUGGCUCGUCUUGUGGCCCUUUCUGACUCGCUUCAAGGAGACCGUGAGGGUACUGAGCAGUCUGCCGUGCCAGUGGUGAAAAGACCACGGGCUUCCUGUUUCCGUUUUACAAAUCUCCGCAAGCCUAUCUUCACUGAUCAGGCAGAUGAUGUCGAUGUCCUAUCUCGAGAGCGGCUCCUAAUUUCUACCAACUUUGCUCUUGGUCGGCUUGCCUUCCAACACUGUCUGAUGGAUCGUGCUGCAAAAUAUUUUCAGGUCGCUUAUGAAAAUUUGCUGAUUGAAAAGCUUUCGUGCGUAGAGGAGGUCGAUGCGACGCCGACUUUAAUUGAGGCCUAUCUCACUGCCUGCCAAUCCUACCUGACUGUGUCUCCUUCGGUAAACUCAGAGACUGCACAAGCACAUACCGCGAGUCGUACUUCUUCCGUCAAGGUUGUUGAGGAGUUUUGCGAGUAUCUUGUGAAGGAGCUCUCGCGCCCUCCUGAUGACACAGACUUUCUUGUGCUUUCUGCCUUUGAUUCACCAACGAAGCAAACCCUGCGGGUAUCACCAUCAAGGGCUCCUGCAAAAGAUAAAAAAGGGUAG